ACAUACCCGGGGAGGGCAGUAGAAAGGUGAUCAAUCUUCAUCAGGCUACAUUUCCAAUCACCUAAACAACCGAGCAAGACAAGCCACUCCGACAAGGUUGGCUGCCCGGCGGAUCCCUGAGGACGCAAGGUAGAUGGUGAGAGGCCCCGGCAGCUGAGGGCAGGCCAGGCCCCUAGACGCAACAACUUGAAGGACUUCGCGGUGGGAGCUCUGCGCCGCUCCUGGCCCCAAGCCCCCUGGAUCCGUCGGGGCGCCUCCACCCGACUGUUAGCAUGAUGUCUUACCUCAAACAACCCCCAUACGGCAUGAAUGGGCUGGGCCUAGCCGGGCCCGCCAUGGACCUCCUGCACCCCUCCGUGGGCUAUCCGGCCACCCCGCGGAAGCAGCGGCGGGAGCGCACCACCUUCACGCGCUCACAGUUGGACGUGCUCGAGGCGCUUUUCGCCAAGACUCGCUACCCUGACAUCUUCAUGCGCGAGGAGGUGGCGCUCAAGAUCAACCUGCCAGAGUCCAGAGUCCAGGUCUGGUUCAAGAACCGUCGCGCCAAGUGCCGCCAGCAGCAGCAGAGCGGGAACGGAACCAAGAGCCGCCCAGUCAAGAAGAAGUCGUCUCCAGUGCGGGAGAGCUCCGGCUCCGAGAGCAGCGGCCAAUUCACGCCUCCCGCUGUGUCCAGCUCUGCCUCCUCGUCUAGCUCGGCGUCCAGCGCCUCCGCCAACCCCACGGCCGCAGCGGCUGCGGGCCUUGGAGGGAACCCGUCGGUGGCAGCCGCGUCGUCUCUGAGUACGCCGGCUGCUUCGUCCAUCUGGAGCCCAGCCUCCAUCUCGCCUGGCUCAGCGCCGUCGGUGUCAGUGCCCGAGCCACUGGCCGCGCCGAGCAACGCCUCCUGUAUGCAGCGCUCAGUAGCCGCGGGUGCGGCCACGGCAGCAGCUUCCUACCCCAUGUCCUACGGCCAGGGAGGCAGCUACGGCCAGGGCUACCCCGCGCCCUCCUCGUCCUACUUUGGCGGCGUGGACUGCAGCUCUUACCUAGCUCCCAUGCACUCGCAUCACCACCCGCACCAGCUCAGCCCCAUGGCACCCUCCUCCAUGGCAGGCCACCACCACCACCACCCGCACGCGCACCACCCGUUGAGCCAGUCCUCAGGCCAUCAUCACCAUCACCACCACCAUCAUCACCAAGGUUACGGUGGCUCGGGGCUUGCCUUCAACUCCGCCGACUGCUUGGAUUACAAGGAGCCUGGAGCAGCCGCUGCUUCCUCCGCCUGGAAACUCAACUUCAACUCGACCGACUGUCUGGACUAUAAGGACCAAGCCUCAUGGCGGUUCCAGGUCUUGUGAGCCCGGGAGUGAGAGGAAGAGGAGAAGAAACGCAACUACCUGCGCCCUCCGUGGUCCCCAUCCUGUUGCUGCUGCUGCACCGCCCAUGUCUCGGCUUCUCCAAAACUGAGAUUUCACGUCCCCAAAAGAUGCCCAAUUGCCUGCACUGCCGCUCCCAUAUUUGUGCCACAUGCUUGGGAGGUUUGCAAACCUGCCUACCUUUUGGAUAAGGGAGCCAGUGCUUCGGCUUGACCCACACGUUCUAUGCGGGAUAGCUGUGUGCUGUCCCCCACAACCCCCACACAACCCCCAAGUCACCCCUUCCAGUCUUUCUGGACAGCUAUUAUGCACUUGCAGCCUUCGGAGGCUCUUCGCUCUGACCCUCUGCCUGAGCUCAACACUUUUAUUUAUUCUUUCUGGACCCUGGAGUCACUAACUGGCGUGCAUCUGCCCAUUGGCGUGCACCCAGACACACUACUCCAAAUCAAAACAGUCACCAAGUGUUUCUGCCCCGCAGACUGUCGCCCCUCAGCUACCCUGGAUCCCACUCCCCGCCUGCAGGCCAUCGCGUCCUGGCGUUUCCUCCUCCCCAGUGGGGUGCACUGGGCCAGGCCCUCAGGAGGAGCACGCCCAGCCUCCAGCGCCCCUAGCCUCGCCCCCACCCCUCCACCGCCCUGAGCUGGACUGGUUCAAGCUUCCGCCUCCGCGGGAAUGCUGUACAUAGUCGGGUCCGUUCCAGGGACCACUUACACUUUUUAGUUGCUGUUGGUUGAACUGAGCAUAUCUCGUCUUAGCGCCCAGGAAACUGAACUUUAAGAUAUAUACAGCACACAUAUAUAUAUACACACAUAUAUAUAAAGCAAAAGCAAAAAAUAUUUUCCCUCUGUCCCUUUUCCUCAAAUGAUGGCGCUUUUUAUUUUUCAGUUGGUACAAAGCUGUCCUGCUCUCCUCACAUCUCCCUCUGCGUAUUUAUUAAAGAGAACCGCUUGGUUCCGAGAAGCUGGGUGCAGAGGAUCGGGAGUGUGGUGGAAACAGUCAAGUCAGGGUUCAGGGGUGGGAGCUAGGCUGGGCCGGGGCGCAGGACUGACCCCUUCGCCCGGUCUAAGCAUGGGUCGCAGUUCCGGCUUAGAGACCAAAACCAAAAGAAAACAAAAAAAGGUGAAAUUACAGCAUUGUGGAGAAAGAAACCCAGGCCCCAAGCCCCAGCCAAUUCCUCUGUCUGCUCCUCUCUAAACAUCCCUGUUUUUGUCUAGUAAGUUUUUAGUGCACCUUCAUUCUCCGAAAUCUGCGGUGAGCCCGCGCGCCUGUGUAUCAAUUUUGGUUUUGGCCGCUUCGUCCAGUAGGUGGGAAAGCAAUUUGUAAAUUUGAUUUGUCCGAUGUGAAGAUCACAAAUUACUUGUUGAAAUGUAAGGCAGUUCCCCUCCUCCUCCUUAUCUACAUUAUUUCCCGAAAAUAAAUGCAAAUUAAUGAA